AUUAUAGUUAUUUUUAUUGUGCAGCAUAUUUUUUUCGAAGUGAAAUACAUAUAUAUAUAUUUUAAUUUAUUGAAAAUACUAACAGUAAACGACGAUGGAAACUUUACGACUGACCGUAAUUGCAAUAAUUCUCUCCAUUGGUUAUUGUCAAUCAGAUAAAGAAUGCAUAAGCGGUGCAAGUUAUUUGUAUACUGGAAAACGAUCAUUGACAAAACUUGGCCAUACUUGUCAAAGAUGGGACACUGGUUUUCCUCAUAAGGUGAAGAAAAUCCCGCAAGAUGGUGGUGAUCAUAAUUAUUGCAGAAAUCCAGACAGAGAUCCUAGAGGCACUUGGUGUUACACCACCGACCCUGCUGUUAGAUGGGAAUACUGUGACCUUCCUAAAUGCGAAAGCAAAGUUUUAGUAGUAUGGGCAGGAUACAACGCGAAACAAAACAGUUCUAUAUUUGAUCAUGCAAAGGCUGAUCCAGAAUAUUCAUCACAAAACAACGUACCAGCAGGUGGAAUGGACGUUGAAGUUCACAAAAAUUCUAUUUUCAAGGCAGUAGAAACGGAUGAGAAAGGAGAAAAAAUAUUUUUCACAGACUUGAAAGAUAACUACUUUGGUAUCAUGGAUGUCAAAAGUUCGGCAAUCGAACGUCACUUGCAAGGAAAAGUGGGUGACAUACACUCUAUAGCACAGGAUUAUGUUACCAAAAAUUUUUACUGGACAGAUUGCAAAACAAAAUCAGUGUGGGUUGCCGAUAAGGAUUUUAAAGCUCAAUUUCCCAUAUACAACACAGAACCUUAUAAGCCACAGGCUAUAGCGGUUUUACAAAAACAUAGGAAAUUGGUGUUUUCAACUUACGUCAGAAAAGAUUCAAAGGUUUUCGACACACAAAUUAUCAUGACUGAUUUAGCUGGAAAAGAUGCGAAAGUUCUAUUUAGAUACCCGGAUGUUAUCGAAGUUACGGGACUUGCAGCUGAUGACGAACGAAUUUACUGGACAGAUUAUCUCGGUUACGCAAGCAAGAUUCUCAGUUGUCGUUUCGAUGGAUCCGAUAAAACAGAACAUUACUUCCAAAAAUCUUCCGAACUUCGGGAUAUAGCCGUCCACGAAGAUUACAUAUAUGUUUCUGAUUCUCAAAAACGAUACAAUUAUUUUGAUUACAUUCGUUAUCAUGUUCAAAUUUUGAGGAAAGGAACAAAUCAAAUCUUCACAUUUAGCAGACCGGAUUUACCGCAUGGGAUUGCUAUUCUAGCAGAUAAGAGUUCACCAGCAAGAACUUUGGAAUCAAACAUUUGCGAGAAAACGUGUGGUGGCAUUUGUCUUCCAAAUCAAAAGGGUUUCAAAUGCGUGUGUUCUCCAGGUUAUAAAUUGCAACCGAAAACUGGAAAAUGUGUUCCAAAUAUUGUCAAUGAUGAAUAUUUGCUGGCACUCGACGAUGCCUCGGGUGAAGUAUAUCAGAUUCCUUUAUCUUCAAAAGGAGAGUUCAGUGUUGUUCAUUUCGGUAAAACAAACCAUAUCAGCACCAUGACCACAGAUGUUUCCACCGGCACGGUUUAUAUGUAUGAUUCUGAUACAUCGGACUUCAAAAUGGGAAGAGUUAGAUUUGCGUUACUUAAUAAAGAUGCUAAACCUCUAGGAUCUUCAGUAACGGGAAAAGUGAAAGAUAUAAAGUUGGAUCCUGUCACAAAAGACAUCUUUUAUGUUAAUGAAAACAACGAUAUUGCCUUUAUGAAUAGAUAUGGGAAAAACAAAAAAGUUAUCGUUGAAAAUAAAGAAACGAACUCAGACGUGAAAGCGCUUGCGGUAGAUUCCAAACAAAAAAUGAUUUACUGGACCGACACCAUGGGAGAACAGGGAUCAGGUAAAGUAAUUCGCUGCAGAUUUGAUGGAAGUGGAAAGCAAGUUGUGCUCGAUAAUCUUAACUUACCAUAUGGAAUCGACAUCGAUUAUGAAAGAAACAAGCUAUACGUGAUGGAUUCCAAAGACGGUUCUAUAUACGAAAUUCCUUUGAUGAAACUCAUUGCACCAGUUCCACUUAAAAAAUACAAACGGAACGACCUCAUGGAGUAUUUAUAUUCAGAGAAAUACUUUUUGACAAAAUUGAAAGUUCAUAGAGGAUUCGCUUAUAUUUCUGAUGAAAGGAAAUUACAUCUUUUGCGAUACAAACUUGGCGCGACUGGGCCAAAGGCUUUGGUCAACUUUGGACCUUCAGUUUUCUUUAAAGCGUCCAGCUUGUCUGUCUACAGUAGAUCAUUUACCAGAAAAUAUAUCAAACGUCUUCCAAAUCCGUGCUUGCGAAAGAAAUGCAAGUCUUCGUGCUUGGCGUUAUCAAAGAAGAAAGCAAGUUGCAUAUAAAAGGCAGAAGCAAAUGGAUCUUAACGAAAAAUUCGAAUUUCAGUGAUUUAGAAUUAUAUUUAGAUUUAAUCCGUCAGACAAUUUUUGUCGGAUAUUACUUUAUUUUUUCAAUAUCGCAACUGUGUAGUCAUUGGAAUUAUAUUACCAAUAUUAUUGUUGUUAUUGAUAUUAUUAUUUUCUUUCAUAGUUAUUAUUUUAUUUUUGUUUCAAUACAUAAAUUAAAAUGACGUCAAACCAGUAUUAUGGGUUGAAUACAUAUAUCGUUACCUCUGAUGUAAAACUGAAUUUAAUUUUCAUCAAUGAUUAGUGAUAUAUAUGCGAAAAAAGGAUUCUUUAAUAAUAUUAAUAUUACGCUUUCUUCGUCAAUCGUGAAAGAAAUUUUUACAAA